GCACACCGACAUGGCGGCAGGCCGGGGCGGGUUGGGGCUCGGCGCUGCCUGGAAGGCGGUGCUGGGGAGAAGGCCGGAAGGGAUCGCGCCCACGCAAUGGGCUCGGCAGAAGUUCACCAAGUCGAGGAUUCCCGCGUCGGUAUUUCAGCCACGGCCUGGAGAUCAUGAGAAGUAUGGAGGUGACCCCGAGCAGCCCCACAAAGUCCAUAUUGUUACUAGGAUAAAAAGUGUAAUUGGUCGCCCAUAUUGGGAGAAGAAGAUCGUACAUGAUCUUGGACUGGAUAAGGCGCAUCAACCAAGACUGCACAAAAAUAUCCCUUCUGUGAAUUCCAGACUGAAAAUUAUUAAGCAUCUGAUAAGAAUACAGCCGCUGAAACUACCAUAUGGGUUGCCAACAGAAGAAGAAAUGACAGACACCUUUCUUACAAGCAAGGGAGAGCUUAUCAUUAAACAGCGUCUGAAACCUGUGGAGCAGGAAGAAAUUAAGUCAUAAGCUAACAGCAAAGGUUUGCAGUGAGGGUGCAUGGCCUCACCGUUACUACAUUAAGAAAAGAAGAGGAAUUGAAAAGCUUUUUUGAUCAUGAGUUACCUGAGAGCUGAUUGACUGUCCAUUGAGAGCUCAAUUUACUGAUGCAGGCAUUUGAGUGGCUUACCUCUGUCAUUCAAAUCUCACAUUUGUUUCUUAGCACACAGUUUCAUCUGGCCUCCCCCAUAUCUUGAAAUAGAACUGUAGACUCACAGAAUGGUUUGGUCUGGAAGGGACCUCACUGCCCACCCAGCCCCAAACCCUGCCAUGGGCAGGGCUGCCCCCCACCAUCUCAGGCUGCCCAGGGCCCCAUUCAACCUGGCCUUGAGCACCUCCAGGGAUGGGGCACCACAGCUUCUCUGGGCAGCCUGUGCCGGUGCCUAAUCAGUCUGAGUAAGAAAUUUCUUCCUAACAUCCAACUUAAAUUUCCCCCCUUUUAGUUUAAAACCAUUCCCCCUUCUCCUAUCACCAUCAGACCAUGUAAAAAGUAAGUCUCACCUUUUAGGUAUUGGAAGGCCACAGUGAGGUCUCUCCAGAGCUUUCUCUUCUCCAACCUAAACAAGCCCAACUCCCUCAACCUGUCUUCACAGGAGAUGUGCUCUGACCCUGUGAUCAUCUUUGUGUCUCUCUUCUGGACCUGCUCCAACAGUUCCACAUCCUUCUUGUGCUGGGGGCCUCAGACUGGGGGGAGAGGGAGGGGCUCAUGAUUGGAGAGCAGAGGGGAACAGUCACCUCCUCACCCUGAUGGCCAGCCUUCUUUUGAUUUCACUUUUUUUUAAUGAUAAUAGCCUACAAGCUGUAGUCUUUAUGAAGGGUAAUGCUUUUCAUGUGCUAAUAUUGUAGACUUCAGAAAUCUGGAGACCCUAAAGCAUGUUUGUUUGAUAUAAGUUAGCAGUUAUGAGCUCCAAGCAUAUAAAAUAAGACCUUUCACUGGAGCGUCUUGAAUAGUACUAGUACAUAGUGUGCAACGAUUUAAAGACUGUUUUUAUUUACUGUUUAAGAAUUGUGGCUAAAAUUAGGAAGCUGCUGUUACAUCAAAUGAUAAAGUAGUUUUCAUUCCAGCAAGCAUAAAUUCCAUCGUUUAUUGUGCUGUGAGCCUCUCCCACACUAGAGAUAUUGUAGAGAAGCUAAUCUUAAUUACCGUAUGUUGUGGGAAGAUCAGAGGGAUACAAGGGCUGAAAAUGAAUGUUUAUCCUUUCUGCAUGCUUGCAGGGAAGACUAAAAGCCUGUAGGAGUUCUAAGGAGUAUAUAUAUCAGUAGAAGGACAUAACAGCUAGAGAUACUGUGUGCAGAAGAAAGGCAAAGAAAGAUAGGAUGUACUAGUACACUGAAGGGUGAGAUAGCUCCUAAAGGCAGGCCAAAGACAGACACGGGUUGAACUGAAAUACCUCAGUUUUGCAACAAACUGCAGGCUGCAGUCAGGACACAGAAAAGACUGAAGGAUGUAGAGUAGCAAGAGAAAAAAUGAGAUAGAUAGAUAAAUUAAGUGGUGGGUUUUUUUCUUCUCUCUCCUUGGUUUCAGUGUCUGUGCAGCAUCUUGUGCUGUAGUGUAACUUCAGUCUGCAUGGUGAUUUCUGCGUUCCCACAGGGAGGUGCUUGGUAAAGCUGACAUUUCAACCCUUAUGAAGGACAUAUUGUUCGUCAGCCUUGUUGCUGAGGGACAGCAGAUACAAGGCCUGCUAUAGGAAUGGUGGCCUAAACCGACUAAGCCAGGGAUUCUGAAGUCUUAACAAGCAUGUUUGGGAUUUGUGUCCUCAGCAGUGCAGCCUGUUUAAUCUCCAACAGAGGGAGCACUGCCAGUUUUGUUUUACACAACAUACACAAAUACGGGAUCUCUCUCCAUUACUAUGCAGUUCUCUCAAUUCACUAUACAGAUGCUGCAACCUUCAAAAGUACUGAAAUGUAAACUGAAAAAAAUGUGUUAAUGACCAGGCUUGCUUAGUACGGUGCACAGCUUAUGUAUUUGAUAAGUGCCUAUGAUAGAGCAGAGCUAAUCCCUGCUUCCCAAGUACAGAGAAUGGAAAACACUUUUGGACAGUACCUGUUCUUUACGGGUAAGAUUUACCUACAAGAAAUGUCUGCCAUUGGCAGACUGUCAGUUUUCAUGCUUUCUUAAAACUUUUAAUGUGUGUGUAAGUUUAGUUGUUUCUGAAAUACUAUUUGUUCUAAGGUCACAACAGUUUGCAGUGAGAGUUUCUCAGAUUUUCUCUGUGUAAACAUAUGUUCUCUAAAGAUUUAUCCUCAAGUGUAAAACUUGAGCCAAACGAAGUGCAAAAUCCUACUGUGUGUUCAUGUAACUUCAUUAAUGGAGCAUUGUCCCCAUGUAAAUCUUCCUGAAGCAUGGGUAAGAGAUAUAGGGUUUUUUUGCAUAGGGAACAAAGAAGCUGACUCAAGAUGGGAGGGAAAUUCAGGUUGGAAGGUACCUUGCAGGUCUUUGGUCCAGCGUCCUGCUCUACUGCUCAGCUGUCCUCAUGGGGGAAAAAUGUAUAUGCAGAAUACAGUCCUACAUACCCUGUAUGAGCAUCUCAGCUUAUGCCUGUUGUCAUUUAUCCUCCCACCCUGCACCACUGUCGGGAGCCUGGCUCCAUCCCCUCCAUCCCCCUCCAUUAUCCCUCACAGAUAUGAGGCAUUCCCCCCCCAGAGCUGUCCUUCCUCGUGGGACAAGUGCUCCAGCCCCAGCCACCUUGGGGGCUCUCUGCUGCCAACCUUACUCUACUUAAUUUGUCUUCCCUGUGCGCAAAGCAACUCUGCUCUAGAAGUGAACUCAAAAGUGCUCAGCAGAUGGAAGUAAUCUCUUCCUUCAGUGGAGCUGUGCUUUUGUUCAUACAGCCCAGGGUGUCUUUAGCCUCCUUGGCUGCUUGGGCACAUUGCUAGCCUGUGUUAGGUUUGCUUGUUGGACAGGAUUGAUUCGCUAUGUCUUCUUGCCAUACAACUUGAAAUAUAUUCAAAUGAAUCAUACAAAUCUUUGGUGCGAUGUCUGGUACCAAUACAGAAACAUACAUGCAUAGAAAUGCACUAUUUUAAGAAGAUUUUUAAAAAUUCUUUUGCUAAGGAUAUUUUAAUUGACAGAUGUAAAAUAUCUGUAAUAUAGCUAUAAAAAUGCAUGGUUGAAAAACUCCCACAGUAUUCAUUAUCUUUUGUAGCUCCUAGUGAUACGCUUGCUAUUUUUCUUUUAGUCUACUCUACUACUACUUUUAGUCUACUCUACUACUCUAAACUUCUUUCUUUUCUCCUCUUUGUCUUGAAAUGGCUGAUUCAAACCAACAGCUCUGAAGCUAAGGCUCUCCAAAUGCUUAGGUAUGUGUUUGAUAAUAGAGCAAUAAAUCUAAGAGGGAGUGACACACUGAGAUACACUCUUGUAGUAGAUGAGAAGUAUUCAGUACUUUUGUAUACAUAUAAGUAUACAGUAUAUUGCAAAUACUCGUGUUUGCCUUCAGUGAUUUGCUCUGCUAAGGUGAAAAAGAAUAAAUAAAAGAUAGCUAAUAACCCAA